AUGUUAUGACAAGCUGUAGUUACUCUAAAGAAGCCACUCUAUGGAUUGUUUCAGUAUAACCAGAAUAUGAUUGGACUGGAAUCUUUGCCUGAUCCUUUGGAUACCUGGGAAAUUAUCGAAACCAUUGGAAAGGGGACCUAUGGUAAAGUCUACAAAGUUGCUAAUAAGACUGAUGGGAGUCUGGCAGCAGUGAAGAUUUUGGAUCCUAUAAGUGAUGUGGAUGAGGAAAUCGAAGCAGAAUACAACAUCUUGCAAUUUCUUCCGAAUCAUCCCAAUGUUGUUAAAUUUUAUGGAAUGUUUUACAAAGCAGAUCAAUAUGUGGGUGGACAACUCUGGCUUGUUCUUGAGCUGUGCAAUGGAGGCUCUGUCACAGACCUCGUCAAAGGCCUGCUGAAGAGUGGCCAACGAUUGGAUGAAGCUAUAAUCUCAUACAUCUUAUAUGGUGCUCUCCUGGGCCUUCAGCACUUACAUAACAACCGAAUCAUUCAUCGUGAUGUCAAGGGGAACAACAUUCUCCUGACAACAGAAGGAGGAGUCAAGCUUGUUGACUUUGGUGUUUCUGCACAGCUCACUAGCACGAGGCUGAGGAGAAACACAUCAGUGGGAACCCCAUUUUGGAUGGCUCCUGAGCACAGGAAGGAGCUCCAGCACAUGUCCCUGACAACACCGCGGCCGUGGUGCCACCUGAAAGGAUUGCAGCACUCGUAUAUGAACUGUGCUAAGCCAAUCUGUCAAGCCAGCAUCGGUUUUCAAGAAGUUCACAUUCCUUGGGGAAUACCCACCAAACAGUACACAAAGUCUUUGCAGUGUAUCAGGGCAGAUAUGCAUGGUGACAGGAAUCCCCCUCCUACUUUGUUCCAACCAGAAAACUGGUCCAGAGGAUUCAACCACUUCAUUUCUCAGUGCCUCAUCAAGGACUUUGAAAACCGACCAUCUGUCACUCAUCUGUUAGAACAUCCCUUCAUAAGACAGGCCCAUGGUAAGGACAUGGCACUCCAAAAACAGUUGGUGGAUCUCAUUCAAGCACAGCAACAGCUAGGCUCUGUGACCAAGACAAGGCAUGAGCGAAUACACACUCGAAGACCAUAUCGUGUCGAUGCAGCUGACAAAUAUUCUCCAGAUGAUGAUAUGGUAAACCUUGAAGUCCUGGAUGAGGAUACAAUUAUUCAUCAAUUGCAGAAGCGCUAUGCGGACUUACAAAUUUAUACGUAUGUUGGAGAUAUCUUAAUAGCCUUAAACCCCUUCCAGAAUCUUAGCAUAUAUUCUCCACAGUUUUCCAAGCUUUACCAUGGUAUGAAGCGCUCUUCAAAUCCACCCCACAUAUUUGCCUCUGCAGAUGCUGCUUACCAAGGCAUGAUUACUUUUAACAAAGACCAGUGCAUUAUCAUCAGCGGGGAAAGUGGUGCUGGAAAGACUGAAAGUGCCCAUCUCAUUGUGCAGCAUCUCACCUUCUUGGGAAAGGCCAGCAAUCGUGCUUUGCGGGAGAAGAUCCUCCAAGUGAACCCACUAGUUGAAGCCUUUGGGAAUGCCUGCACUGCUAUCAACGACAACUCCAGUCGUUUUGGGAAAUACCUGGAAAUGAUGUUUACACCAACAGGGGCUGUAAUGGGAGCAAAAAUCUCAGAAUAUCUGCUAGAAAAAUCCAGAGUCAUCAAACAAGCAGUAGGAGAGAAAAACUUCCAUAUAUUUUAUUAUAUUUAUGCUGGCCUUUAUCACCAGAAGAAACUCUUUGAAUAUAAGCUUCCAGAGAAAAAUCCACCCAGGUAUAUUGAUAAUGACACUGGAAGGGUGAUGCAAGAUAUUAUUAGCAAAGAAUCCUAUGGCACACAGUUUGAAGCAAUUCAACAUUGCUUUAGGAUCAUAGGGUUUACUGAUGAGGAAGUUCACUCAGUAUAUCGAAUUCUGGCUGGAAUCUUAAAUACAGGAAACAUCGAAUUUGCUGCCAUUUCCUCCCAGCACCAAACAGAUAAAAGUGAAGUGCCCAAUGCUGAAGCCUUAGAUAAUGCUGCUGCACUGCUGAGUAUUGGCUCAGAAGAACUUCAGGAAGCUCUUACCUCACAUUGCGUGGUAACACGGGGUGAGACAAUUAUCCGGACAAACACUGUGGACAAGGCAGCAGAUGUGCGUGAUGCCAUGUCAAAGGCACUUUACGGCCGACUCUUCAGCUGGAUUGUAAAUCGCAUUAAUACCCUGUUGCAGCCUGAUAAAAAUAUAUGUAACUCUGAAAAUGGAAUGAAUGUUGGAAUACUGGAUAUUUUUGGCUUUGAGAACUUCACAAGGAACUCAUUUGAACAGCUGUGCAUAAACAUUGCAAAUGAGCAGAUCCAAUUUUAUUUCAAUCAGCACAUCUUUGCACUUGAGCAGAUGGAAUAUCAGAAUGAAGGAAUUGAUGCUCCUGUGGUUGACUAUGAAGACAACAGGCCACUCCUAGAUAUGUUCCUCCAGAAGCCAAUGGGGCUACUUUCUCUGCUUGAUGAAGAAAGUCGAUUUCCCCAGGCAACGGACCUUACAUUAGUUGAUAAAUUUGAAGAUAAUUUACGAUGCAAGUACUUCUGGAGACCCAAAAGAGUGGAACUGGGUUUUGGCAUUCAGCACUAUGCAGGCAAGGUACUGUAUGAUGCAUAUGGCUUCCUUGAGAAGAACAGAGACACUCUUCCAGCUGACAUAGUGGUAGUUCUGAGGACUUCAGAGAACAAACUUCUUCAACAGCUCUUCUCAAGCCCUUUAACCAAAACAGGAAACUUGGCUCAGGCACGAGCAAGAGUGACAGCUGCCUCCAGGUCUUUGCCCCCACAGCUCAGUGCUGGUCGCAUCAAGUCUCCCAAGUAUCUGCUCAAGGUUGACACCAUGGAGAUUAUGAGGCACCCUGAGGAAACAACCAACAUGAAGAGGCAAACAGUGGCUUCCUAUUUUAGGUAUUCCCUGAUGGAUCUGUUGUCCAAAAUGGUAAUUGGGCAGCCUCAUUUUGUCCGCUGCAUUAAGCCCAAUGAUGACCGCAAGGCACUGAAAUUUUCUCAGGAAAGAGUUUUAGUGCAACUCCGCUAUACUGGAAUUCUUGAGACCAUCAGCAUACGUCGUCAAGGGUAUUCUCAUCGCAUUCUCUUUGAUGAGUUUGUGAAAAGGUAUUACUACAUUGCUUUCAAGGCACACGAGACUCCACUUCCCAGCAAAGAAAGUUGCAUUGCAAUUCUGCAAAAAGCCAAGUUAGACAAGUGGGCUCUUGGGAAAACAAAGGUUUUCUUGAAGUAUUAUCACGUCGAGCAGUUGAACUUAUUUCUGCGUGAAGUUAUAGGCAGGGUCGUGAUCAUGCAGGCUUAUACCAAAGGGUGGCUUGGAGCUCGGAGGUACAAGAAACUUAAAGAGAAAAGAACAAACAGCGCUGUUGCUAUUCAGUCAGCCUGGAGAGGAUAUGAUGCACGCAGGAAGUUUAAGGCUAUAAAGAACAGAAGAACUGAUGCUGCUAUUCAUAUUCAAGCAGCUUUUAGAGGAUACUUAGCUCGCAAAAAUUAUGCAAGAAUGAAGAACAGCACUGACUACACAACCGAAACUGAGUCUGUGAGCUUUGCUUCCAGUCUGAGUUGUGAAGAAAACUGGCACCAGAGUAACAGCCCAACUUCUUCUGCAGAGCCAGAUUUUCUCGGCAAACAAACAAACAAGGAAGAACAGGUUGGUCUUUAUGUGAAAGAAGAAACAGAGACAAACCUGACAUUAAAAAGGCAGCGUUCAGAAGACAAUGGGGGAGCUGAGCUGUGCACCAGCCAUACCAAUGGAGGGCAUGCUGCUGGUUCAGAGAACUGUCUUGAACAGAAGCUGAAAAUACCCCGUCGGAGGUGUCAGCAGCCCAAAGUGCUGAAUAGCCCCGAGGACAACAUGUAUUAUAACCAGUUAAAUGGAACUCUAGAAUAUCAAGGGAGCAAGAGGAAGCCAAGAAAACUUGGGCAAAUAAAAGUGCUGGAUUGGGAGGAUGAGUAUUACAAAUCAUUAUCAGCUGUAGAUUCCAUCACAGAGGAAGACAACUCAGUCCAAGCCCUUCCUUCCUCCAGAGGGGUGUCCUUUUAG